GGACACGCGACUACCUUUUGUUGUUGUGUGGUUGUUGUUUCGAAAGAUCUUACAUUAAAGUGGGCUUAUUUCAUCACAGAUUUCGUUUUGAAAAAAACAACAAAAACAACCGCAGAUCGCUGUGUCAUCCACCAUUUACGCAAUUCGCUGUGUCACUCUUUCUCCAAAAUUUCAAAACAUUUUGAAAAACAACAAAACAAAAAGUGUUGAGACACUGUCAUGAGUGAUAUUAUCCAACAAGAGCUCGUGCGGCGAAACGAAUGAUGGACCCUGCUGCUGCACGGACGUGUCAUUUUGAUUAUGCAUCGUCAACGAUGAUGGAAUCGACACAACUGGACAAACAGACGAAACUAAGCACUCCCAGAAGAAGAAGAAGCGGCUGGGUUGAUCCAGCCAGACGCAGCGGGAGUCCAAUGUCCCGUGCCGGCGAAUGCUUGACGAAGAAUUGCAGCCGAUCGUUUCAUCUCACUCUCGAAAAGUCUUCCCUUGUUGUCAGCUUCCUCCUCUUCGUCCAGCUGACCUCAUCGGUUCAUCUCGCCACAGGCAAGUCUGCAGACACGGCAUCGACGACGGAAUGCCCCCGUUUGCUGGGAAUGAGCUCCGGAUCGAUCCAAGAUUGGCAAAUUGCAUCCAGUUCCCAAUGGACGGGCGUGGGCGAUCUGACAGAGUUUGCAAGUAGCACCGGCAGCCAGUCAGUAGGCGGCGCAGUUGGCAUGUACAACAAUCAAGGUGGUUCGUGCCAGCCCAAGUACGCGCGGCUCUAUCAGAGCGGCAGCAAAGCCUGGUGCGCUAAACAUCGCUCCGUCGGCGAGUGGAUUCUGGUGGACUUGGGCGUCAUCUCUCAGGUCACGGGGCUGAUGACGCAGGGACGGGAGGAAGCCGAUGAAUGGGUUAGCGCCUACAGCAUCUCCUAUAGCGUUGACGCGUUCAAGUGGAGCUACGUCGUCGACGCCAAUGGAAAUCGACGUGUUUAUCGCGGCAACGUCGACGCUUCCAGCGUCCGAUACAACCUGCUCGAUCCGCCACUUCAAACACGUUUCGUGCGGCUGCACGUCAUCGAGUGGAGAGGUCGGCCCAGUCUGCGCUUAGAAAUCGUCGGUUGCCAAGAAUGUAACCAAGUGAUUACGGAAUCACCCAACAUCAAGUUGACUUCCAGUUCCGUUCCGACGGCCGCCAAGAAGCACAGCUGCCAGCCAGAAUCGGCUCACCUAUUCAGCCAUACGGGCUGGUGCGCCAAGAAACACGACGCGGACCAGUGGAUCCAAUACGACUUGGGACCACCGAGACAGAUUACGGGCGUCGUGACACGCGGACACGGCGGAUGGGAGAACAAGCAACGUCACCACGUCUCCUGGGUCACUUCGUAUACGCUGUCCUACAGCAAUGACACGCUCUUGUGGUUCUCCUAUCGAGACGGCAACCACCUGGAUCCGAAGAUCUUUGGUGGCAACAUGGAUGCUGAAACAGAAAGAAGGCACUACCUGAAUCACCCGUUCAGCGCCCGCUACGUCCGCCUUCAUCCGUUGACUUGGCGCCACGGUAUCGGCAUGCGAGCCGCACUGCUCGGCUGCCCCCAAAAAGCGGGCGGCGAUUGCGGGCCGGGAUUUUUCCACGUCAACGCCGUCUCCGGAUGCAUGGAGAACUUGGCCUAUCAUCACAAUACGUGGCUCAACGACAAGCGCCAUCUGUGGAAAGAUUGGAAGUACGGAAGGGCUUCGCUGGCGGUGGAUGGCGACUCGGAUGCGACCCUACACCGCUGCGCCAUCCUCGACAACUACUUUGUGGAGAAUCCCGUCUGGAUGGUGGACCUGGGCAAGAAACAUAAUAUCAACGGUGUUGUUAUUGCCACUUGGCAGGGUAAAGGUCAAGACAAGACGGCCACUUACCGUGACUACCAGACCAAUUUGGAGAAACUUACCGUCUACGUGUCCAAUAAGCCUCGUUUGGAGACGGCCGAUUUGCUGGCCGAAGGGUCUUGCGGCCAGGUCACUCGAGCUAAUGACACCCUCUUCCAGCCGCGCAUCCACAUCCAGUGCCAAGAUGAUCUAAGGGGCCGCUACCUGUACAUCCGCGCUUCGGCCGUGGCCAACCGCAAGGCCCGGCUCUUUUUCUCUGUUCUCUGCGAAGUUAUGGUUUACUAAAUCACAACAAUAAUAAUUACAAAAAAAAAAAAAAAAAAAAAAAAAAAAAAAAAAUCUCUCAAAACGCUUUGUUAUCCUUCUUCUGCUGCUGCGCCCUCUCGUUCUAUCUUGACUAUAUUCCCAUCAAAAAAUUAUCAGCUAUAUCUCUUUUCUUUUUUUCCCGAUGAACAAAUAAGGCUUCCGGGUUUUUCUUCGGCGUUCCAUUGGUGUGUAAAUAUACCUCACCCCAAAGAAAGAAAAAGAAAAAACAUCAAACAUUCGUUAAAUAAGGAAAAAGGGGUUUUUUUCAAAACAACGUGCGCUUCAUGUUAUUUCGUAGAAAUCUUCUCUUGAUUAAUUCCCAUUAUCCAUGUUCUACGUAUAGCGGAAUGUGUGUAAAUACAUCGUUGAUGACGUUGAA